AUGAACCCCCCGCUGGGCCUGGGCCUGCUUCUGGCUGGCCUCCUCACUGUGGAAGGUCUUCUGAAGCCCAAUGUUUCUCCAAAGAAUCAUGGAGCUGUGAGCCUGGCCCAAGAGUGGAAGGGAAGGAGGGCAGCCCAGGAGCUAGCGAGGCAGAACGUGGACUUCGGCUUCAAGCUGUACAGGAAACUGGCCUCCACUGGCCCCAGCAAGAACAUCUUCUUUUCCCCCAUAAGCAUCUCCACAGCCUUCUCCGUGCUGUGUCUAGGUGCCCAGAACACCACGCUGGCCGAGAUCAAGCAGGGCCUCAACUUCAGGGGUAUGUCGGAGAAGGGCCUCCAUGAGGGUUUCCAUUACCUUAUCCAGAGUCUGAACCAGAAGACCCAGGACCUCCAGCUGGACCUCGAGAACUCCUUGUUCAUUGACCAGAGGCUGCGGCCAGAGGAGAAGUUUAUGGCAGAUGCCAAGAACCUGUACAAUGCAAACAGUGUGCCCACCAACUUCCAGAACUUAGAAAAUGCUCAGAAGCAGAUCAAUGACUAUGUCAGUCAGAAAACCCAGGGGAAAAUCGAUAACCUGAUCAAGAAUAUAGAUCCUGGCACUGUGAUGCUUCUUGUUAACUGUAUUAUCUUUCGAGCCAGGUGGCGAUAUGAGUUUGAUCCAAAAGCAACCAAAGAGAAAGACUUCUUUCUGGAUGAAAACAAGCCAGUGAAGGUGCCCAUGAUGUUCCACGGGGGCAUGUAUGCGGUUGGCUACGACGAGCAGCUCGGCUGCACGGUCCUGGAGAUGCCCUACUUCAACAACGUCACGGCCACCUUCGUCCUUCCCGAUAAGGGCAGAAUGAGGCAGGUGGAGGAGGCCCUGACUCUGACCACUUUCGACAGAUGGAAAAAGCUAAUCACGCGAAGGGUUGUCGACGUGUCCUUGCCCAGGUUCUCCAUCACUGGCACCUACGACCUAAAGAAGACUCUCUCCCAACUGGGCAUCACCAAAAUCUUCGAGGCGCACGGUGAUCUCACCAGGAUAGUCCCUAAUCGAAGCCUGAAAGUAGGUGAGGCGGUGCACAAGGCCAAGCUGAAGAUCGAUGAGAAGGGCACGGAGGGGGCUGCGGGGUCCGGGAUGCAGACGUUGCCCAUGGAGAGGCCUUUAAGCUUCAAGCUGAACAGAUCCUUUCUGCUGAUGAUUACAGAGAACCUCACCCCUACCAUGCUCUUCAUGGGAAAGAUUGCUAAUCCUGCUGGCACCUAA